AUGGAAUUGUUGAACAGGCAAGGUCUUAGUUAUAUAGCUAGUGGAAUUGGAAUACCUUUGUGCAUGGAUAAAGCAACAAAACAGCAAAAGAGACUUUCGUUUGCCAAAGUGUGUAUUGAGGUUGAUAUUGCUGCUAAGUUGCCUAAUUCUCUUCGUGCGGGGGUGGGGGGAGCUUCUUUUCUGUCAAUGUUGAGUAUCCAUGGAAACCUUCCUACUCAGAAGCAGGAGAAAUGGGUCCCUAAAAUUGUUAACGCAGCUGAUCAGUCAGGUAUGGGGGAAGCUGUUUCAACAUCAAAAGAUAAAGGUGCAUUGCUAGACACAAAUCCUUUUGACACAUUAGCUAUUACAGAACUGGUGCAAAAUGUAGAGGAUCGCAUUAUGGCCAUUGAAAGCAGUGAGGCUAAUACUGUGAUAAUGAAUAGCAUUGCUGAGGUGUUGAAUGAUAAAGUAGAUCAUGAUGGGGUUGAGGUAUAUGACAGUGAUAAGGUAGCUCUUGAAUCUGACUUGCCGUCUACAUCAUAA